CAGAGGUAAUGAGAGAAUGUCAAAGAGCCCUUUUUUCUGGGGUCCCCACAUCCCUUGUGUGGUGUCUGGUUGGAUGGGUGCUGUCCAGCGUUCACCAAAUAACUAGCCUAAAUGAAGCAGCCACAGUGCUCACACUCCCGACGAGCUCCGCUUAGUCAGGAAUGGGCGAUGGAAUGUGCUACAGCUCUGCAAUGAGACGUCUGUGGGUCUGUGUCUUGCUUGCGAGCAUCACCUGCCGUCUGAGCCUCUCCCAGGAUGUAACUGGAACUCCCAAAGAGGCUGAAUUAAAUGACAAUAUUACCAUCUUCACACGCAUCCUGGACGGACUGCUGGAUGGUUAUGACAACAGACUCCGCCCUGGACUGGGAGAAAAGGUGACAGAGAUCAAAACCAACAUCUUUGUCACAAGCUUUGGUCCAGUCUCUGACACUGAAAUGGAAUACACUAUUGACGUGUUCUUCCGUCAAAGCUGGAAAGACGAAAGACUUUGCUUUAAAGGCCCGAUGGAGAUGCUUCCCUUGAAUAAUCUCCUGGCCAGCAACAUCUGGACUCCGGACACCUUCUUCCUCAAUGGGAAGAAAUCCAUCGCACAUAAUAUGACCACACCUAACAAGCUACUGCGGCUGAAAGAUGACGGGACUCUGCUCUACACCAUGAGACUGACUAUAUCAGCAGAAUGCCCCAUGCAACUGGAGGAUUUUCCAAUGGACGCCCAUGCUUGUCCCCUUAAAUUUGGAAGCUAUGCGUAUCCGGUCUCAGAGGUGGUCUACACGUGGACUCAGGGAGCAGCCAAGUCAGUGGUGGUGGCAGAGGAAGGCUCUCGGCUCAAUCAGUAUCAUCUCAUUGGUCAGACUGCGGGGACAGAGGACAUCAACACCAGCCGAGGUCAAUACACCGUGAUGAUGGCUCACUUUUACCUGAAGAGGAAGAUCGGCUACUUUGUCAUCCAGACCUACAUGCCUUGCUUCAUGACUGUAAUCCUGUCACAGGUUUCAUUUUGGCUCAACAGGGAGUCUGUGCCAGCACGUACUGUCUUUGGUGUGACCACAGUGCUCACCAUGACCACUCUCAGCAUCAGUGCUCGAAACUCGCUGCCUAAAGUGGCUUACGCUACUGCCAUGGACUGGUUCAUCGCAGUGUGCUACGCCUUUGUCUUCUCCGCCCUCAUUGAGUUUGCCACAGUUAACUACUUCACCAAGAGGAGCUGGGCCUGGGAUGGAAAAAAGGCAAUGGAGGCCCAACAGCCCAAGAAGAAAGACCCUUUGGCUCUGUCUAAAAAGCCAAACAACACAUGUUCAGCCGGAGUGAAUUAUACAACCAACCUCACAAAGGACUCCUCCAUCUCUACCAUUUCAAAUAGCACGGCCGUUCAGCUCAAACCCUCUGAGACCAAGGCCCCAGACCCCAAAAAGACUUACAACAGUGUGAGCAAGAUUGACAAGAUGUCCAGGAUAGUGUUCCCGGUGCUGUUUGGGACCUUCAACCUGGUGUACUGGGCCACCUAUCUCAAUAGGGAACCAGUGAUCAAAGGAGUUCUGUAAGCUCUGCCUCCUGACAACCACUUCAGGAUGUGAUAACUGGAACGCACUCGAAAUCAAUGCCAAGCACUUAGUCCUUCUUUCAUAGAUGUGUUUUUUUAGGUCAUUGGAUAACAUUGCAUGUCUGUUGCUUCAGGAAAAUGUUGCCAUGUUUGCCUUGAGUUUGUAUUUGUAUGAUAUAGGACUUUUCCUUAAAGACAGUUCAAUUUAUCUCAUUUUAGAACUCCAGUCAUUGAUUAGUUUCUGCCGAAUUCUGAUAUUUAAGAAUUUUUAGCAUUUGGCAUUUGUAUUUUCUUGUUGAGUCUACAGUAGAUGAUGGUACAGCAAGGCCAAAUGCUAUGCAAAACAACAUUUUUACUGUGUUAUUACUCAAAAGCGGCUUUUACCUUUAAAACUCUUACUUUGUACAAAUGGGCUGGAGGUCCAGGUAUGGGAGGCUGGGCCCAGGCACAUGGGACUUUGCUUCCUUGUUAAAAGCAAAUGAAUAGCCAUGCUAAAUGUGUUGCCUUCAGAGUGUGAUUACUCAUUAUGAAUGCACUGAAAUCUGAUGCAGUUACUUUUUCAGAAGCCAAUAUUUCAACUUUCAUUCAAUAAUUUUCUCUUUAUUUUUUGCUACUUUUCUCUCAACAUUGAAUGGCAAGUUUUCCAUUAAUGUAACUUUUUUGUUUAUAUAGAGAUUAAAUGGGGACUGAUUUUAAGCUAAAGUGAUAGCGGCAGCUUUGUUUCCAGGUCACCAUGUUGAGAAUCCUGUAUGUAUGUACGUAGUUUAUGAAACAUGUAUAUAUGCCCUGCUUUUAGAAAAGCACCACUAAGCCAAUAAGGUUAGCUUCUAUGUUAUGCAUAUAUAGCAACACAGUGUUACUGUAGUCUAGUGCUUCAUUGACUGGAUAUUGAGAAAUGAGCAGAAUAGCCUGAGCUUUAGCAAUUUUGACAGAAUAUACAGUACAGUGCUUUUUAAAAACAUUUUGUUUUUUAGAUCAGUUUGUUGUUUCUAUAAGCUUUGAUGAUAACUUGCAAAUAUUCUUUAUAAAUAUUUGGAUGCUUUGAGCAGGAUCACUUUUUGUCAUAAUUUAGAGAAACUGCUGUAGUUAGGAGAAGGACCUGAGCUUAUCAGGUUGUCAGGCUAAUAAAGAGACAGAAAGUCACAAUGACCAGGUUAUUGCAUUUUGACCAUUGCCAUUUUUAAAUUAUGAUUUGUUAUGCAAAAACAUCGUAUAUUAAUAUAAAAUAAUACAUUUUUGUCACUAAAUGGCAGUGUUAUCUUAAUGGAAUAGUAUGACAUUUUAGGAAAUGAAUUAUUCGCUUUCUUGCCAAGCGUUAAAUAAAAAGAUUGAUACCAAUUUUAUGUCUGUACAGUAAAUGUAAAGCUGUUGGUUAGCUUAGCUUAGCAUAAAGACUCGAGGCAGGUAAAUCCAUGAAGGGAAUACUGAUUCUUUGCAAAGAGAUAAAUGAGAAGACGGAUUCCAUUCUCGUGUCUGUACAUUUAUUAUGAAGCUAAAGCUAGAGGACAGUUAGCUUAGCUUAGCAUAAUGACUAGAAGCAGGGGAAUCAGCUGCUGUACCAAGCCAGCUACGUGUAAGUUAAAACGUAGCAUUAAUUUCAACAUAGUGGAGGAGUCAAGCUAUAACUUCAUAAAAACUUUGUUGCACCACAUAAGUUAAUUACAACAGAGAGUUAGUAUUUAACUUAAAAUGUAUAUCUCCCUUGAGCAGGUACUUGUUGUCAGUGUUGUCAUGAAAUGGGUUAAAAAGAUGGGAGAGAGGAAUGAUGGAAGAGCCAGAGGAAAAUGUAUUUGAUAUUUACAUCAGGAGCCAAUGUCCUGUGACAAACUACACAGGUUUACAUUCAAGAUGACAUGAUCGCAUACUUUACUUCCAUCACUAAUAAAUAGUAUUUUUUACCCAAAUGGUGAAACGUCACUGUCUGCAACAAUGUUUUGGUUGACUUUGUUAAAUUAUAGCAUAAGUACAGUUAGAGGAGGUGCAACUUAAGAAAGUGAUCAAACUUAAGUUCAGCUGGUGCAACAGGUCCAGCACUAAGGAUAUCAGCCCGAUAUUGACAGUGCGCCGGCAGGCCUGAACAAUUCGCUAGCUGAGCUAACAUAGCACAGAGGGAGCUAAAAACAAAGAAAUCAGCAGUUUUGAGGUAUUUCACACUUGCAACGCCAACAAGUUCUACGGCUGCUUGCAAGAUCUGCAAAGCCAAUGUUUCGAGGCAUGGGGGUACCACUAUAAAAUAUAACACAACCAACUUAAUCAAGCACCCCCAGAAGCCUCAUGCCAAAGGGCACGAUUUUCAGUCUGUUCCUCACAGUGACGUACAUCAGCAUCAGCCAGUACCCAAAGCCUGGGUAUUGGUAUCAGUAUCUGGACUGAAAAAGUCAGAUCGGAACUUGGAAGGUCAGGGUUAGUGUUACAUGUUACUUAGUGGGCUUUAGGAAGAUUCAAUUUUUUAACCUUCAGACAGAGCCAGGCUAGCUGUUUGCCCCUGCUUGCUGUCUUUUUGCUAAGCCACGCUCUUGAUGUUCCAAGACUCUUGGCUCCAGCUUUAUUUUUACCGUACAGACAUGAGAAAGGCAUCAAUCUUCUCAUCUCACUCUCAGCAAUAUAGCUAAUAUGUCAUGUUAAAGUGUUUUCAAAGUCACCUUAGGACCAUAUAAAGCUUUUACAUGAUUCUCGCUGCGAAGACUGCAUGCACUGCACUCACUUCAGCAGAGUAAGUUUUGCAGUCUUCACAGUUCUCCCAGAAAUGAACACUUACAAUUUGAGCCUGUUGUCUGUUUGGGUAACAGGUUAAUCUAUGAAUGUGAUCUUCUCAUGUGACUUUAUGCCUUCUGCCACUAUUUAAUACAUUUAUGGAGCACACCAGUUGUAUUGUAUUAUUACAUUUAAGUGAAUUUUAGGUACAGGCUGUUCUUUAAAUGCAAAUAUCUGAAGCAAUAAAUUAUGCUCAUACAAAUAACUACUUCUGUUUAUGGUAAUGUGUGAUUAUUUGACUUUCCUUUUGUUGCAGUCCUUUUAUCUUUUUGGCAAUAGUCUUUUUCUAUAUAUGACUAGACUCUGAUUCAUUAUAGCUCAGCCCUUCCCUCUUUGGAAGCAGAGUGCCCCCUGAACAUGUUUAAUGUAUAACUUUAUUUUUUUUUUAUUUUAAUUGUCUUUUUUUGAGACCAGUUUUCAGGUGAUCAAUGUAAAUGUCUGGGCCACUGCUCUCUUUCUUGAUUGUUAUGCAUACCUGAUUCAAAAUAAAGCUUAACUGACUACAUC